CCGCUUCGGGUGGGGUUUUUGCGGGAACCGUUCAAAGUAUCGAAGGCGGACCUAUUGUUGGUGGGAUGAAUAUUCAGCCUGCAGCUUCAAAGAUAGCAGAAGAAAUUCACGGGUUAAAUGUGAUGAUCUUGGCAAUUUGUGCGGCGAUUGGGGUGAUCGUUUUUGGUGUCAUGAUUUAUUCCAUGGUCAAGUUUCGGAAAUCAAAAGGUGCUGUUCCUGUCGAGUUAGAAGAAGAUACAAAAGUUCGGUUCUUAGGUAAGGACUGGACGGUAGGACCUACAACUUUAGAAAUUGGCUGGACAAUUAUUCCAUUCUUAAUCGUGAUUGGUAUGGCGCUACCUGCGACUAAAACGAUGGUAGCGAUGAAAGAUACUAGUAAUGCGGAUUUAACCAUUAAAGUCACUGGGUAUCAAUGGAAAUGGGGCUACGAGUAUAUGGAUGGUUCUGCGCGCGGGGUUUCUUUUAUUGCUAAUUUAGCUACGCCACGUGAGCAAAUUAAUAACUUGCAGACAAAAAGCAACGAUUAUUUGCUAAAGGCAGAUCAGGCUUUGGUGGUUCCUGUUGGAAAAAAGGUGCGGAUAGUAACCACGGCUGCAGACGUGAUCCAUGCAUGGAUGGUUCCGCGCUUGGGGGUAAAAAUCGAUGCGAUCCCUGGGAUAGUCAGGGAUGCGUGGUUUAAAGCUGACAAAGAGGGGAUGUACUAUGGUCAGUGUGUUGAGUUGUGUGGUAAAGAGCACGCCUUUAUGCCGAUUAACGUCGAGGUUGUUUCUCAGGAGGCGUUUAAAAAGUGGUCUGAGGACAAGCGCAAAAAAAUGGCAGCCAAUGCAGAUGAUCCCACAAAGGUUUACACCAUGGAUGAAUUAACCUCGCGAGGCAGUGCAGUUUUAGCUGAUGCAGACAAAGCAGCACUUGAUAAAGUUGCCAGCGAUGUAGCGACGAAUCCGUCGUCUCGUGUAGAGGUGUCAGGAUAUGUCGAUAGCUCGGGUUCUGCAGACAAAAAUGAAGAGCUCGCAAAAAAUCUUUACGACCACACACGGCGUGAUUAUGGUGUUUGGUGCUGUGAUGCCAGCAUUUGUUGGGUUUGCCAACUUUUUGUUGCCAUUGCAAAUUGGCGCGUCAGACAUGGCAUUCCCACGGAUGAA